GGUGGCUGGAGCAGCCGAGGGGUUGCCGGCAGACUCUCUCUCUCUCUCCCUCUAUCGCUCUCUCUCUCUCUCGCUCUCUCUCUACAGACAGCCCUUUUAUACGAACCGAUUCUGGAAAAGAGGCAUUGUCAUUCUGAGAUAUUAAGUACUAAAAAAAGAAAGAAAAAAAAAGGUCCGAGAGAAACUGAAGUUCACCGGAAUACUCCGUUAGUUAUUUCAAGUUCUGCUUGGGUGAUGCCAAAAAGACAUUUCCCUCGGAAGGAUGCGGGUGUUUAAAGCUUCUGUCGUCAUGUUUCUGUUUGCCUUUCUCUUCGCCACUGUCUCAGCGACCAAGUUAAACGUACCACGUCUCAGGCUGUCAUACAAAGAUCUGCUGUCCAGCAACAGGUCAUCCAUCUUCAACGGACACCACGGACAGCUCUCGCUGACCGCCGUCUUCCUGGAUGAGUACCACGACCGACUCUUCUUGGGAGGGAAAGAUGUGCUGUACUCCCUCACGCUGGGACCUGUUAGCACGGAGUCCAAAGAGAUCUACUGGCCCCCGUUGCCUGGCAUCAGGGAGGACUGUGUUCAAAGAGGAAAAGAACCACAGACGGAGUGUGCAAACUUUGUUCGCCUCCUGCAGCCUUACAACCGAACCCACCUGCUGGCCUGUGGCACCGGUGCUUUCCACCCAAUGUGUACCUAUGUUAAUGUGGGACACAGAGGAGAGCAUGUGUUCACCAUGGACCCUACCAAUGUGGAGAAUGGACGGGGGAAGGUUCCUCAUGACCCCAGCCUCCCUUUUGCCAGCACCUUCAGCGGUGGAGAGCUGUACACCGGCCUGACGGCAGACUUCUUGGGGAGGGACUCGGUGAUCUUGAGGAGUAUGGGAGGUCGCUCCACCAUGAGGACAGAGACGGACCAGAGACUGCUGCAUGACCCAAAGUUCAUCGCCGCCCACCUGAUACCCGACAAUGAUGACCGAGACAACGACAAAGUGUACUUCUUCUUCACAGAGAAGGCCACGGAGGCAGGGGACAGGGAAGGGGCCAUUCACACACGGGUCGGACGAGUGUGCGCGAAUGAUGUUGGUGGUCAGAGAGUUCUGGUGAACAAGUGGAGCACCUUCAUCAAAGCCAGACUGGUCUGCUCGGUCCCAGGACCUCAUGGCAUUGACACACACUUCAAUCAACUAGAGGAUGUAUUCCUGCUCAGGACCAAGGAUGAGAGGAACCCAGAUGUGUACGCCAUCUUCAGCACCAUCAGUAACGUCUUUCAGGGUUUUGCCGUCUGUGUUUACCGUAUGGCGGACAUCAGGGAGGCCUUCAAUGGGCCCUUUGCUCAUAAAGAGGGGCCUGACUUCCAGUGGGGGGCCUACGAAGGCAGGGUCCCGUACCCAAGGCCCGGUGUGUGCCCCAGUAAAAUCACCAACCAGCCUGGCAGAGAGUUUGGCAGCACCAAGGACUUCCCUGACGCGGUGCUGCAGUUUGCCCGUGGACAUCCUUUAAUGUGGCGUCCAGUGUACCCGGCGCUGCGUCAGCCCGUGCUGGUGAAGGCUAACAUUCCCUACCGGCUCAAACAGAUCGUGGUGGACCGGGUGGAGGCCGAGGAUGGGCAAUACGAUGUCAUGUUCAUCGGCACUGACAUCGGCACGGUGUUGAAGGUCAUUGCUCUCCGCAGUGUCAACAGUCUGGAGACAGAGGAGAUUACCCUGGAGGAGCUGCAGGUUUUUAAGGUACCGACUCCAAUCAAGUCGAUGGACAUAUCAGUCAAAAGGCAAGCGUUAUACAUUGGCUCCCCGGCGGGUGUGGCCCAGGUGAAGCUGCAUCGCUGUGAGACCUACGGGAAGGCCUGUGCUGAGUGCUGCCUGGCCAGGGACCCCUACUGCGCCUGGGACGGGGCGUCCUGCUCACGGUACCUGCCCAACAGCAAACGCCGCUACCGCAGGCAAGACAUCCGCCACGGGAACCCCGUGCUGCAGUGUGUGGACCAGAAUCUGAAUGAAGACCUGGAUUUAAUGGAGGACAAAGUGGUGUACGCCGCUGAGAACAACAGCACCUUCCUGGAGUGUGUCCCUCGCUCUCCACAGGCCACCGUCACCUGGCUUGUCCAGCGAGAUGACCAUAAGGAAGAGGUGAAGCUGGAUGACCGCGUGACGCGCACAGAACAGGGUCUCCUCUUUCACCAGCUCUACCGGCAGGACGAGGGCGUAUACAUCUGUCGUUCCCGAGAGCAUGGCUUCACGCAGACCCUGGCCCGCCUCACUCUCCGAGUCCUCCAUGGGGAGACUCUGGGCGAGCUGCUGGCUCGCGACGACGCCGCACUCUCCGACCCGUUCAAGGACAGGUCCGGGGUGGGCUACAGGGCGUGGCUGCCCUGCAGCGCCUACAGCAGGGGCGGGCCGGUGGGCCAGAUUGGCCAAUCGCGUUCGUGGUUCAAGGACAUCAUGCAGCUAAUUGGGCCGUCCAACCUGCCGCACGUGGAGGAGUACUGCGAGAGGAUGUGGUGCAACGACAAGCUGAGGAGGAAACACAAGAGCAUGCUGGAGAAGUACAGGCAGGCGCAGGAGAGUGCCAGGAAGGUUCGCAGCAGAAGCUCCGGAGAACGCAACAGGACACCGCGCGAUCUCACAGCAUGGGAGUAGUAAUGGACGGAAAGAAAGAGAGAGAGAGAGAGAGAGUGAGUGGUGAGGAAAAAAUGGAGAGUGUGAAAAAGAAUGAAAGGAGGAAUGAUAAAUGGAAGGAGGGACAGGGUGAACGAGGCGGAGGAAAGGCGAUCACCAGGUUUAACUUUGAGACUUUAAGAAAUCUUCAUCACUUGACUACAUGAGGAUUGGUUCAACACAGAGAUGACAACAUCACUGUUGUCUCCCAUCAGAAGGCCUAAUAGAGUUCCACUAUACUUCAUACACACACCUUACUGAUUGUUUUUUGACAUCAUUGUGCACACCUUUAGAGCAGGUGUUAGGGGUUGCCUCUGGGUUUGGUCCAGAAAGAGAUUACAGUCUACGGUCUUGUGGGAGGACGACACAAAAUGACUGCUCCUGAAUUGUACUGAUACAAAUCAGGUUGUUAUAAUGAUGAUGAUGAUGAUGGUGUAAAGAGUCGACUUUGUCUCUAAGUGGGGUCUCAACAUGGAAGAUGCUUCUAAACCAUCAGUCAAAAAGGACCCUCAAUUCCUCUCACACCAUCACCCUGUUGGAUUUUUACCCCAUGAGAUGAGUGAAAAUGGGAAAAAAGACAUUAUUUUUUUACUUUUACACUAUUUGUUUACCACAAAGUUUUCUUUAUCGUACCAUCAACCGAAGAGAGAUUAGCUCAGGUCAGAAAAUCUCAGUUGAAGAAGAAAACGCACUUGUGCUUCGACUUUAUCGACAAGUGGACCCCGCCCGAGCUCCAUUACACACAUACACUCGUGUAACCUAACUGACUCUGUUUAUUGUUUGUGGGUUUGACCAUAUCAUAGUGUAAACAUGGACUUUAGUAGUUUAACCAACAUAGCUUUGGUUUCCCCUCCUCACCACCAUCUAGGUCAUAGCGACGUCUUACACAACCCGGUCACUGGAUUCAAUUACGCCUCAUCCCAUAUUCGGUGGUCCAUGUCCUUUGCCCUGCAUUUGACUCGACUUGGCUUUGUUACGAAAUGUUCACGCAUUAUUUGAGCUUAAAAGGUUUUCUUUUGCAAAACAAAAAGGCUUGCUGUAAUGCUCUAUUUACAAAAUAUGUUGGAGUCAAGUGAGGUGAUAAGGAAUAAUGUAGUUAAGUCAUACACAUGUAUUCACAAUCCAAGCAACACAGAGACAUGCAUGGACUCACAUGCAGGUGCCCAUAGACACACAUGCACACGCGCACACACACACACACACACACACACACACACACACACACACGUGCGCGCACACACACACACACAGCAAAAGCUAAAAUGGGACCCACCUAUCACACUGAACCGGUAACACACUUGACUAAUUCAAACUGGAAUUUACCAAAAGACGACUGUUGAUGGUUCAGCGGAUUAAAGGCUCAUUGCUUUAUCUUUUGUGCCCUGGGCUGAAGUUUCUGGCAGACAGUGGUCAGGGAUCUGCCUUUCCAUAUUUCUACCCUUAAAGGGAUACCUCACCUACAGAAUAUCCACCUGUUUGGUGCUCACACCUUUAUAAGACUUCAUGGGUGGUUUUUUCUGGAGGCAAUGCAACGCACCAACAACACAAUUCUUAAACACUUUUAUUGCACUUGUACCAGUGUAGUAAAGCAGACGCAGGCAAUAUUACAUGUUUGCUGUUGUCCUUAUUUAAAGUGGAGGUAAAGGGUAAUUCUGCAGCUAAUGCUGGAGAUUGACUGCCUCUGUAUUGCUUUGGUGGUGUGUGUUUUCCAGCCAAAAUGAUGCACAAAAGUGAACUAUCCUUUUAACCGGUAGAGUGGAAGUGACAUAACCUGACCCUGAUGGAUGCCUUUUGCAACCCAAUCUCAAAUUGCCUUUUUUCUUUUUAUGACUUACUUAACUCAUUUUCCCACAGUUCCUCUGUGUACCGUAGUCCUUCACUGUCAAUAGAGGGAACAAUAGCAGGGGUUAACAGCAUCAGCAGACUCUUUCUGCUCUGUGUGCUUUGAAAACACUGGUUUUAAAACGCUUCACAGGUUGAACACAGGAUUAUCCACAUCGUUGUUGCCCUUAAUGCUUAUAACUUUUACAGUGACUCGAUCCCAAAAGGGUUUCCCUGUCAAGGAUAAGGGCAUAACAUCCCCUAAUACUGAUGGAGGGGAGGGGGGGGGUCCCUCGCUGGAGGCUGGAUAGGAAUUCAACACGUCUGGGAGAGAGGGACGGUGUCUUGAGAAGAAGUGAACCGAACUUGGUGAGAUACGAGCACUGAAACUUGGGGGUCAAACUUGAUUCAGCACAUAUGUGUAAUUACGGUCAAGGAGAGUGAGGGGAAAUGGAGAACAGGAAAAUAAGGGCGAGGGUGUGGAGAGUGGUUGUCAAACUUGGGUUUGAUGGGAAGGAGAGAGGGGUGACGGAGGAGUGAGGACGGAUGGGAUGUAGAGGUCUUGGGUCUAUAGAGGGUAUGGGACAGAGACGGGGGAAAUAGGAUUGAAUCUGCCCAGUGGACCUGGAAGUUGGAGGGUAUCGACACUGACCUUAGGAUGGCUUAAGUUUAGACGGUGGGGGUAGAUUUGAAUUGCAUUGUUUUUGUUUAGAGAAGCCACUAUUAACACAAAUAAUUCAGCCUGCAUGUGGAGGUAUAUCUUUACCCUGGGAUGCUGUUUGUUUAAAAAUAGUCAGGAAGUAAAGGUUACGCCGAUGGACCCGCUGACCUCUUGGCAAUGUGGCAUGUGAAUUCCCUCCUAAAGCAGAAAUGCAAGAGGAGUGACCAUAGGGAGAGGAGAGGAUAUUAGAAAACGAGGAGAAGGAAAACAAGGGUACUGAAAUUAAAAAAAAAGAGAACGAGGUUUUGUAAACACCCAGUGUGUGACUCAAGACAUGUCACAAUGACUACAUCUUCAUUAAAAACACAUUUUCCCACAAUCCCACGGUGUGAAGUGUCUGCGGUAAAAUGUGGCAUUUCUCUUCCUCUACAAUGGCGGCUGCAGUCGUUAGCCACAUGGAUCCCUCCCACAUAGUUUGUUUUUCUUAGUCUGGGGAUAGCGGGAGCAAUUAUUGGAUGCCAAAUCUUCUGUUUUCUUUACAAAUAUUGUUUCUGAUGUCUAUCUAGACUGAAAGAGCGAGUGAUAGAAUUAGAGAGGAGGCUGGAGAGAGACCAAGAGAGAGAGAUAAUGAAAUUGGCCUUAGGAUGAGGGAGCACAGUGAGGCUUGGCUAAUCUAAAAGGAAGACCCAGGGAUUCAUACAAUUCCCCCAAAGUCUCCCUCGUUACUGCAAUUACCCUGUGAUUAUGAAAAAAUCAAUACAUCAUAAGUUAAGGGUGACUGGUUAAGUUGUUUAUUUGAUUAGUUUCUCACUGUAAUAAGAUACGACGGUAAAACACAAUGCUAAUAUUUAGACAAGAGAAGCGCAUUACAUCCAAUUCAUCAUUUGUAUGGGCUGAGUGUCCCAACGGGGUUGUAGUAAUGAGAUUGUAAUAUUUAAUCACACAGGGACAUUAUAUCAAGAGGUGGUUUAAGGGCUUUCUGAUUUUUUUUGACUGUUAUAAUUUGCCCAUACACGUGUUUGGGGGUUUGAUGAAACCACCCCAGAUAUUUGGUCCAACUUUUUUUUUUUUUUAAUCUUUCAACCAAAACACUUUUAUACAGUAACACCAACUAAAAGACAUGAAAUCCUCCAGCAGGUAUCUCUGAAUUAAAUAUCUUAGCCACAGGAGACCCGGACCCUGGUUCAAAAGGGAAAUGGGUCAUUAUCAAGAGAAGGCUACACAUCAUUGACAUCAUAUGAUUCAGAGUUCCUCUUGGCGAGUAGGAAUCCUCAGAUGUUUACAUUUAUAGAUUCAAUAUUUCAUUGUUCGGUGUCAGAGCAUAUACAGUAUGCACACAUGCAGCUGUGCAUCGGUUUCCAUUCCCUUGUCAGAUACCCACAGACCAUGUCCACAUGAUCAUACUGGGUAAUUUGCAUUAUACGGUAUACAUGAGGGAUGUACCGGUUGGUGUAUUGCUGUUAAGAUGUACUUAAGAGUUGUAUAAAGAAAAUGUGCGGUUGAUGAUGUAUUACUGAUUGUGUAAAAUAUCAGUUGUUUGAACGUAUGCAAAUGCAGUUUUUGUGGAUUUCCCAGUUCUUGCAUGCUUGCCUUGGUGCUGCACAGUUCCCCCACUAGAAUUAACGCAGGAUGGAGGCACUUGUAUUGCAUUUUUUACUGUAAAUGCUGUCGUACCUGUCUAUUUUAAAACUGUCGUUAAGUCUACUUUAGACUUUGUCAAUCCAAGUUUUAUCUCAGCGACAGUAUGCUGUGCAGUUUACACUAUAUUGUGUUUCAUAUUUUAGAUUCAAACUUAAUGCAGUGAAAACCAUUUGAAUUAGUCCUGUUAAAGUUAAGCAUUGUCGAUAUUUAAAAGAAAACUUCUGCAAAAGGCUGACCCAAAACACGUUCCAAAUUUACAGCCGCGGCCUAGUUGUAAUAUUUUGUUACACUGUCACGGACUCAAUCUUGUUAGCUAUGACGGUGUCCGUCAAACUCACGAACAGACUGGGUGAAUCGAUUUUGACACACUCCCACUCUGUAUCCAUUGUGAAAGAUAUCCACACAGGGAUAUCUUUCACAGCGUUUCAUUGUUUGGACACUCUGAGUCAAAACAAAGAUACCAAGACCAGUGGCUGAUGUCUCUAGCUUGGAAGAUCUGGUCUUGUGUAAAGGUUUUGGGUUGACGAAUGAGCCAAGUUCGACUGCAGCACGGCGCUCUUCAGGGGUUGGCUUCAAAUGUUUGGCUGAUAAAGACAGAGGUCAACAAAUUAUGGUUUUGGAAGUGAAAUUAGCCACAGAACAGUUUUUGAUGGCAAGAAUACUGCUUUAACAUAUAAUUACCACACUGUGGGACAGGGCCGAAAAGAGUAAGAGAGCAAAGGGGAUGAAAACAUAAACUUGGCAAACAGUUUCCUUAUUGUACUGCGUAGAAAGUUAUGGUUGUGGGGCCUGCUGCAGGACGAGGCUAAUUUACAAGUGCAUUCUAUUUAUGUUUUAUUUAAGUAUGUCUUUUCUCCAUGCAUGCUGUGUACGCGUAUACUAUUUAACAAGAAUAAAAUUAACGUUUGUUUUUCUAACAUA